AUGAACGGCUCUGUGAAUGGAAUCAAUGGGACCACUGCGGGACAAAAACGCAAGAGGCUGAUCAUCGACUCGCCUUAUGUUCGUUGCGACGAAAACGAAAUUGAGACCACAUUUCACUACCGAAAGAAUCAUUUUUUGCAUACAGCGGAAGGACUGAAGGUUUCCCCAAAAGAACAUGAAUAUCUAUUCAAAACCCAACUGAAGCCAAAGAAAACAGGGCUACUGCUCGUUGGCCUCGGAGGUAACAAUGGAUCCACCUCGGUCGGUGCCAUUUUUGCCAAUAAAAAACACAUGACUUGGAGAACGAAGGAAGGAGUUCAGAGCGCCAACUACUUCGGGUCCGUUACUCAAACGUCAACCGUUCACCUUGGAUGGGACGGGGAACAGCAAGUUCAUGUACCUUUCAAUGAGAUCAUCCCAAUUCUUUCACCGAAUGAUCUCAUAAUUGAUGGAUGGGAUAUUAAUAACAAAAACCUUUAUGAGGCUAUGAUUCGUGCACAGGUGUUCGAACCGGAACUACAAGAAAAACUACGUCCUUACAUGGAGCCAAUCGUACCCAUGCCAUCUAUCUACUAUCCGGAUUUCAUUGCAGCCAAUCAGGGUGAUCGAGCUAAUAAUGUGAUUCCGGGAACGGAUAAGAAACAACACCUUGAGCAUAUUCGUCGUGAUAUCCGGAAUUUCAAGGAGAAACACGAUUUGGAAUGUGUGAUUGUGUUGUGGACAGCGAAUACGGAACGUUACACCGACGUAGUUGAAGGACUAAACAUGACCGCUGAACAAAUGCUUGCUUCCAUAGAUAAAAGUGCCGAUGAAGUGUCACCUUCGAACAUUUUCGCUGUCGCUGCGAUUCUGGAAGGAGCUCACUACAUUAAUGGAUCGCCCCAAAACACGCUUGUACCAGGGAUUAUUGAGCUAGCUCAUAAACAUAACGUCUUCGUCGGUGGAGAUGAUUUCAAAUCUGGACAAACAAAAAUUAAAUCAGCUCUCGUGGACUUUCUGGUCAGCAGCGGAUUAAAGCCAGAGUCCAUAGUUUCCUACAAUCAUCUCGGGAACAACGAUGGAAAGAAUCUUAGCGAAGCAAGACAGUUCAGAUCCAAGGAAAUCUCCAAAUCAUCCGUUGUCGACGAUAUGGUGCAAGCAAACAAAAUUCUGUACCCUACCAGCAAAAAUCCUGAUCAUUGCAUCGUCAUUAAAUACGUUCCUUUUGUGGGUGAUUCCAAGAGGGCUAUGGAUGAAUAUAUUUGCAGCAUAUUCAUGGGUGGUCGUCAAACCUUUGUCAUCCACAACACCUGUGAAGACUCCUUGCUGGCUUCUCCCCUCAUCUAUGACCUGGCCAUUCUUACCGAACUUGCAACAAGAAUUCGAUACGCCGACGCCGCUGAUGGGCAGUUCCGUCCCUUCCAUGAGGUUUUGUCAAUUUUGUCCUUGUUGCUGAAAGCUCCAGUUGUUCCACCAGGCACACCAGUCAGCAAUGCAUUUAUGAGACAAUUCGCAUCAUUGACGAAACUCGUCACAGUACUUGCGGGCGCAUUAAGAAGAAUGGUGAAGAAAGAGUUCGUUCCGCAAUCUUCUCAGCGCUAUUCUAUGAAGACACAGAAACAACUUCGUCAAAAUUUAAAAAAAAAAUAA